UUCUAGGGUUUGUGGGAGAAAGGAGAAUCAUCCAAAACCCCAUUUCUAGCGUUUGAGAGAGAGAGAGAGAGAGAGAGAGAGAGAGAGAUUCUAGGGUUUGAGAGGGAGAGGAUGGUGAAGUUCUUGAAACCCAACAAGGCAGUGAUCGUCUUGCAGGGCCGCUUCGCGGGCCGCAAGGCCGUGAUCGUCCGUUCCUUCGACGAUGGGACCCGCGACCGGCCGUACGGACACUGCCUUGUGGCCGGGAUCGGCAAAUACCCGAAAAAGGUCAUACGGAAGGACUCAGCUAAGAAGACGGCGAAGAAAUCGAGGGUGAAGGCAUUCAUCAAGCUCGUCAACUACAAUCACAUAAUGCCGACUCGUUACAACCUCGAUGUCGAUCUCAAGGACGUUGUCACCGUCGACGCACUCCAAUCCAAGGACAAGAAGGUGACGGCCGCCAAGGAGACGAAGUCCCGCUUUGAGGAACGGUUCAAGACCGGCAAGAAUAGGUGGUUCUUUACCAAGCUCAGGUUCUAGGAUUUCUUUUUGUUUGUUAGUUGCGGUAAUUCUAAUGAUUUGAGCUUUGUUUGUUAGAUCUUUGGAUCAGAUCGAUGAAACUGUCAAUUGGGUUUUUUUAGUUGGUUAUUUGGAUUAUUGAAGUUAGUUUUGAAUUGGGUUUUAUGCUA